AUGCGUUACUCGUUACCAGUAACGCAACAACGCUUGCGGAAAGUUUGCAUGACACCAAUGGUCAUCAUGUGUCUAUUACAAUGGGCGUCACAAAACAAGUUGUUAACAUAUGCCCAAAUUGACGAACGGACAUCAACAUUCGUUUGUGGUGGAAAUAAUACAUCCGAUCAACUACCAGUAAUUAAAAUAAAACACAUGACCAAAGGACAUUUAGUGGGAAAUGCUGCACAAAAACUAUUAUUAUUUCGAUUAUUCUCUAUCAUAUUUGCCGACAUUACAGAUAAUAAUAGGUCGCUAACGUAA